AUGCGACGCUACCCAGUGUUUUCCCGUCUCCCAAGUUCCUCUUUGUACGAUGGCGCAAAUCUGCGAUUUUUUCUGACAGUGUUGGUUUCAAGAGGCUGAAGGAUCCGUGCUUGCGCGAUUUAAAGCAAUGCUGUAACUUCGCCAACGUGGAGAGCACCUGUACGGAUGCCGACUCUCCCUCCAACGCUGGGUUCAAGAACGUCGACGGCGCAUGCGUCUGCGACGUUGCACAGUGACCACUCGUGACGAAUACAUCAGAGUCUGCACUGCUUUCGGCGCCUGCGGCUUUACCUUCAACGCCGGGAGAACGUCAAUGGUGCGUGCGUGUAGGAUGCUGCGCAAUGCCUGACGGUCACCGGGGUCACCAACGCCGCCAGCAUCUGUACCGCUUCCGGCACUUGCGACUUCACGUACAACGCAGAGAUCAAGAAGGUUAACGAAGGAUGCGUGUGCGACGUAAUGCAGUGUCCCUCCUUUGCAAACUCCGCGAGCUCCCGUAAUUCGGUCGGAACGUGUGACCUCACUUGCGACCCAAUGUGCGACGAUCGUCAACGGUGCCUGCACAAACCCCGGAUCCUGAUCCAGCGACUUCGCGUACAACAAAGGGUCAGGAGAGUCAACGGUCGAUGCCUCCGAAUGCCUUGUCGUCAUCAAAUCGGCUAGCAUCUGUUUGAGCACCGGAACAUGUGACUCUACGUGCAAGUCGGACUUUGUCAAAUCGAAGGGGAAAUGCGCACCCAUAUCGUAAGUGGUGUACUUCAAUUUGCCCUGUGAGCACCUUUCUGUAUAAUGAAAUGGGACUGGUCUGCCCUCGCCGCCGUCCCUGCACCCAGAAGUCUCUCGAUCUCUUUGCCAAGUCCCAUGCGCCAAGGCGAGCGGAAAACCCGUCACCUCAACGCGCUCCGAGUCAUGGCUUGCUGAGUCGGCUACUGCGUCCAACGCAGCUGCGUCUUCUUCGACUUUCGUCAAAGGUAACCGCUCUAUCCUCCAACUGGGCAGUCCGAGGUUCGAUAGUACGCGAUACGUCGCCGGUGGGUUUCAAGGCAGUGCAAGAACGUGCACGGUGGUGCCAGGCGAUUCGCACGUGACUGCGAGCGGAGGGGAGCAGAAGGGAGCGCACGACGUCCCCGCCGGCCGGCCGGCUUGCUCUCCCUUGCCCCCCCAUUCACACCUCGAACCGACCAUGUUCAAAAAGUACGUUCCUUAUCCUUUCAUGAGCCUCACACGGUUCCUAAGCACGCUCUCUCCCCUCUGCACCCUACCCAGAUUCCACCCCAAAGAAGACGUCGCGUCGUCGACAGCGAUCAAAUCCUCGAUCCAACGCCAACACCGCGCCAAACUACUCUCCCAAAUCACUUACCUCUCCUUACCCGCGUUGCCACCCCCCGCAUCGACGGGCUUGGACUCGGACGAUGAUUCGGAAGUGGAGGAACAGUUGCUGAGCAGCGCGAAGGGGAGGAAUAAGGGCGCCGCGAAGGACAAGAGGAAAGCGGCGGAGGCGCAGGCGAGUGGGGGUGGCAAAGGGAAGGGUGGCAAGGGAGGCAGGGGAGCGAAGGCCGUACAGGAAGAUGAACAGCCCGCAGCGGAGGAGGGGGCGACGGGCACGCAGCAGGACGGCGGGGACGUGCUCACCGUCCUGGACGUGCUCUGGCCCAAGAAGAGCCAGAUCACACUCGUCAAGUGGUCAGUGCAGCUCACGGCCAGUUCAGGGCAUAGCCCAACGUCUGAACUCAUCGUUCUGCGACCGCUUUACAGCCGUGAACACAUCUCGAUCCUCGCGCUGAACGGCGAACCGCUCUUCUUCCAACACUUUGACGGGCCGUAUUACCCGACCUUGAAGGUCUUGCACAAAUGUCGGUUACCUGCUCACCAUCGAUUCCAAUCGACCUUCCCCUGUACUCACUCCCGGGACCCCUUACUGUAGAUCCCGAGAUGCUCCCCAAAGUCGGCGUCGACCGAGGAGCGAUCAAAUUCGUUCUCUCCGGUGCCAACAUCAUGUGGUACGUCCUCCACAAAGUAUGCGAUUCGCAGUCAAAGCCCCGCGUAUACUCACCCCCAUUUCUUCCUCUCUCAUCCCUCUCCCUCCCCUCAGCCCCGGCCUCACCUCCCCGACAGCCUUUCUCCCUCCCUCGGAAGCCAACAUACCCGUCGGCCACCCCGUCGCAGUGCACGCCUAUGGAAAAGAAGAAGCACUAGCCAUCGGUUCAACGGCGAUGUCGACGGAUGAUAUCAGAUCCAUCAAUAAGAACAUUGGGGUAGAGAAUGUGACGUAUUUGGGCGAUGAUUUGUGGAAGGUCGAUAAGUUGUAG